CUGUUUCUAAGUCGAAGCCCCUCUCCACAGGCCACACAGCUCAUCUCCCCCUCCACCGCCGCCGGCGCCGCCCAGCUCCCCGUCCCCCGGCCGCGCCCACGAGCAAGCGUGGGCGCCGCUCCGCGAACCGGAGCCCCGUUAGAGCCAACCACCGGCCGCCGCUGACCACUGAGCGCCCCAGCUCCGUCUCCGCCGGCGGCGAUGACCUCCGCGCACUCCAAGCUCUACUCCGAUGACGUCAGCCUCGUGGUGGUGGUCGUCGACACCAACCCCUUCUUCUGGGCCGGCGCCGCGCUCCCCUUCGCCGACUUCUUGUCCCACCUGAUCCACUUCGUGAACUCGCUCCUGCUGCUGAGCAACCUCAACCACGUGGUCAUCAUCGCCGCGGGUGUCAGCUCCUGCGCCUACGUCUUCGACUCGGGCAAUGCUUAUGCCGGAGGCACGGCAGAUGUUGCUGAAACCUUGGGCAAGGCGAGCCGCAAGAUGGAGGAGUUCAUUAAGCAGGAUGCUCGUGAGACUGCCAGCAAUGGCACCGUUGCUGAUGGCGGUGCCGCGUCGCUGUUUUCUGGCGCGCUGUCCCUUGCUCUGUGCUAUAUACAGAGGAUUUUUCGGUCUGGUACUCGGCAUCCACAGCCUCGGAUUUUGUGCCUGCAAGGUUCUCCAGAUGGACCUGAACAAUAUGUGGCAGUGAUGAAUUCAAUAUUUUCGGCACAGCGUUCCAUGGUUCCAAUUGAUACAUGUAUCGUGGGGACACAAGACUCUGCUUUCUUGCAGCAGAUAUUGUUGUCGCAUUUCACAGGCUUCAUAUAUAACAGGGGGAGUUUAUAUGAAGCCCCAAGAACUAAGUGGUCUAUUUCAAUACCUUGCUGCUGUAUUUGCAACGGACUUGCACUCGAGAACUUUUCUGCGCCUCCCUAAGACCCUGGGAGUGGAUUUCCGUGCCUCAUGUUUCUGCCACAAGAAGACUAUUGACAUGGGAUAUGUUUGUUCAGUUUGCUUAUCAAUAUUCUGCAAGUACCAUAAGAAAUGUUCGACCUGUGGGUAAGUUAUAGCUUUAUUUUUUUAUAA